AUGAGGGGGGGCCCCCCCUCCCUCUCUUCUGUCCCCUUGCCCCCCAUCCCCACGGAUCCAGAGACACAAAGCCAAAUUAAGAAGGCUGUGGGGGAGCUGGGCGUCCUGCUGCUGCGGCAGCUGGUGCCCCAGGAGGCGCAGCGGGCCGUGGGGGCCCCCCCGCUGCUGCAGCUGCUGCGGGGGCCCCCCCACUGGGUACUGCUGAGUUUGCGGCAGCUGUUUUUGCGGCAAUUUGGGGAAGUGUGCAUGACGGAGAUAAGUUUGCUGCAGCAGCUAGCUGACAGCAGCAGCACUUCCCCGCUGCUGCGGCUGCUGCUGGCUUUGCUGCUCGAAGAGCUGCCCCGCUGCAGCACAACUUACAAGUACAGGGCCCUGGGGGCCCUCGAGCCCACAGACCUUUUGUGUCUUCCGGGGGUUUUGUU